CAAUGGUUGUCGUUUCUUAGCGGUGGGUGUUGAGCAUAUUACGGUGUAGAUCCAUUCUCGGUACCAGGUUUAGUUCUUGAUUUUCACAUCUCCAGGUAGAAGACUAGUUGGGCUUUUCCAUUGAAUUCACAAAGGACUCCAGAUUUCGACGUGAAAAUCGAGAACUCAUCGCUGAAUGUUUGAGCUGCGGUACUUUGUUACUCAACUCACAGUCCCUCAACUGUAAUCGGAAAACGGUUAACCAUGAGGUAACAAGAAGCUAACGGUCAGGUUGUUGUAGUGUUUAUUUGCCUUGUUGACGCUGUGAGGGGUAUUCGGACAAACAACAUCAAGGGUGAGAAAUUUCACUAGAAACGUGGCCAUAUUCUGACGUCCAGUCAGCAGGAACUUGAUUAAUGCAUGUACAGAAGGGUGGAUCUGUUGAAUAGAAUAGAAACCGGGGUCGUUUCUAACGCACCCGGAUCUUGUAAACGGGCGUUGGCAUUACAAACCCAUUUUGGAUAAUUCAUUCUUUCAUUUCGCUACUGGAAUGAGUAAUAUAUAAUUUAUUUCCAAGAUGCGACUCAAAAGAUUACACGGUCGCAUAGGCGAACAGUGGAGAUGGAUGAAACGGCUGAAUCACCACUAUCUCUAUCUCGUUAUUAUGGAAAAGCGUAACUCGAACUCACAACUCGCAAAUUGCUUGUUGUCGUGGAUCAAUCUUCGUUCAACACUUGUAUUCUGUGUUUUAACGUUUAUGAUAUGCAUUGCAAUGUAUGGGACUAUGUCUGCUACAACUCGUCGCCUCUACACAGACACUAUUAAUCGAAAUAUACUACAAAGACAUUUGGCUAAAACAUCUCUUAAACUUAGAACUUGGGAAAAUAAUAUCACCAGACGAGCAGAGCUGAGGACUCGACUUGAUGAGCACAUGAAACACACUAGUUUUGUUUGCACCCAAGAAAAUACUCCAAUUGGUGCACAGUAUUUCGACACUUUUCAUUCGAAAAAAACAAUGGGAAUUGAUGCUGAGAAACAACGUCUACUUCCAAAAGUGUCUCCAUUUUCAAACACCACGUUCAAGACAUGUAGCAUUGUGGGAAACUCAGGUAUUCUCAAUAACAGUAAAUGUGGACGAGAGAUUGACAGUUGGGAUUUCGUUAUGAGGUCAAACUUGCAGCAAAUUCAGCCAUUUGUAGAGGACGCUGGCAAAAAAAUGAAUCUUACGAGCCUGUCACCGAGUCUUAUAGUUUCCAGAUAUAAAUUAUUCGGAAAAGAAUUUGAUGUGACAAACCUGUUGGAAGCCAUGCAAGAAUACGUGGGGUAUAUGCUUUGGAUUCCCAACAGUAAAGGAAAUGCUGUCAUGACUUUUCCUGUAACUCAACUAGUACAAGAAAACACUGAAAUUGAGGUAUUGCUCUUAAAUUCUGAACAUACUGAAAAAUUCCAGGAGUUUUGGCAGUUAUCUAAAAAAACAAUAUCAACAGGAUUGACUUUGGUCAGUAUAGCACUGUCAAUGUGUGAAGAAUUACACCUGUAUGGGUUUUGGCCAUUUCCUCUGACUGCGGACGGACAGUCAGUAGAAAUGCACUAUUCUGGUGACCUGCAAUGGUCUUCCUACUUUAGCCAUCAUGAUUAUCCUUCAGAGUUUGAUCUUUUGACAAAGCUUCACUAUCAAGGUAUUCUUAAGUUACAUGUUGAUAAGUGUUACUGAUUAGUUUAGCAAAUAUUAACUUAUGAUAAUGAACAAAAAAGCUCAUUGGGUUCAAUGUUCCAGGUCUUUGCAAUAGGUAGUUUUUACUGUUUACAAAUUUGUUAUGUGCAUAUUGCCAUGAAAUAUUGAUAUGUAAUAUCAGCUAUUAUGACAAAUGUACUUGCAUGAAAAGCCUCUUUCAGCCUUUGCAUCAUGAUGUGGAAAACUUAUCUUAGCCUUUGCAUCAUGAACUGGAAAACUUAUCUUAGCUUUUUCACCAUGAUGGAGAAAGCCUCUUAGCUUUUUCACCAUGGCAUGGAAAGGCAUUUUUAUAGCCACGACCAGCAUUUCACUUUUGUAGUCUUGCCUCAUGUGUGUAUGCAAGACUGAUAAAAUUAUUGUUUGAGGAGUGUGUGAUAAGUAAAUUUGGGUUUUAUGUAAACUUAAAUGUUGAGAUUUUGUAGCUGCUGUUUUGGUCGUCUGGUAAUAAACUUCAACAUUGAAGUGGUAUUUGAUGAUACCAAAGUGAACUGCCAAUGUUUUCGAUAUAGAAAAUUUGUUCUGGAAACCCCAAGUUACUUUAGUCUGAAGAUAAGAAUAGGAAUAGUUAUAAUACAUGGAGGGUUAAAAUAGUUUAAAUACCAAUGGAUAGCUAUAUUGUCCACUUACAAUGCAUUUUGUAUGCACUAGAAAACUGGUUCUAUGAAAACAGGAGAUGUCUGCACAGUAAGAACUACAUUGUUAUGAAACUGAAGCCCAUUAAGUGAUUCUGAAAAGGUCAUACUUCCUGGUAUUUCAUUGCUGUUGUGUAACAUUAGACUGAAAAAUAGUUGAUUUUACUUUUCAAAUCUUGUGUGUUUUUCUGUGAUUUUUUUUUCAAAUCUUUAAAAAAAUAUAUUCACAGCCAUAAAUGUUGGGUAGGAUUGGAACCAUAAAAUUUGUUUUGUUUGGCUUUAUUUGCAUCUGAUAAUUCAAUAUCCCUGUAAUAGAACUUGUAAAUAUAAGCUAGAUAAUUUGUGAAACUUGCACACAUGACUUGCCUGGGAUGCAUAGUGGUGAAGAUGAGGCUGGUGUAAUGUAAAUAGGAUUCUAUACUCCUGCUUAAUCAGGCUGCGUCUGCAAUUCGUCGUUAUGGUACAGUGUCUUCAGUGCACUGCUAAAGCAUGUAUUUAUAAUGUUCUUUGUGACUAAUAAUGUCAAGGACUGUAAUUGUCUUUAAAUUUUUUCAAUAUCAGUACCGGUAUGUUUACUGGUUUUGAGGUACCGUACCUUUCUUCUUUAUAACAGAUUAUGACAUACCGUCUACCAGUAUGUCAUAAUUACCUGAACUCAGGGCUUGUUUUUUAUCGAAUAGUACUUGUACAUGUGUGGUUAUUUCUGUAAACUGUUUUAUUUUCACCGCAUUUCCAAAUGCCAAUUUUCACUGCUACAAAAUUUCACUGACUCACAAAAACUUGUCUCUGGGAAAAACAAAGUGGUUUACAGUAUAUGGUUUGUGUGAUAGAGUACAAUAAUAUGAGAUGUUGGACAAAUAGUACAAGUUGGUUCAUGUGGUUAGUCAAUCUAAUUUUUUUUACAUUCAUUGAAAGUCUAAAGAAAAUGGCGCACCAUGGUGACCAUCACCUUUUAAAUAAAAGUAUACAGAUUUAUUUUAUUUAAACUAAAGUGACAAUGUUCAUGGACAAAAGAUAAAUUAUCUUGGUGCAAGUGGCAUGUAAAUUGCAAUGAUAUGAAUCUAUAUGAAGUAUGGUAAUGAUUCCCAUUAUCAACACUGAGUGAAACAUAAUCAGUUGCAAAUGUCACUUUGCUUACUUAUUAAUACAUUAAUGAUGGUGUUCCCAUUUAGUUAGAUAAUAUGGUGUGGAUCAUCAAUGUGCUAUUGUCAUGUAAAUAUUUAUAAUCUUUUUUAUGACUUAGCUUUAUUACUAAAUAGAACAUUAGCUGUUUUCAUUUUGAAUGUAAACCAUACAGUUAACAAAAAUAUAACAGUGGUAAACUUGAAGAGAGUAAGUGUUCUACAGUUUUAUUAUGCAUUCAGAUUUAAUGUAAAUUAACAAUAUUGAAAUAGACGAUGCUGUGAUGUGACUAGUACUACUUUAAGUAGGCAUGUAAACCAGUAUCAAGUUGAUGAUUGCUGCCCCGAAUUGACAUAAACUACCUAGAAUUCCUGACACUGGUGAUAUAAAACAAGUUAUUUUCUGUAAUGGUACUCAUUUUUUUGAUUGCUACUUUCUGUGGAGACCCACAUCAAAAGGAAUUUCCUGUUGCUGACAUCUUGUAAUAAUUUCUGUAUAAAUAUGUCUAAAGAUGGUUCUCUAGGGUAAUUGUUUAAUGUCACCGUUGUUCAAUACGAUUUGUUGGCUGAAUUACAAAUGUUGUUUUAUUCAGUAAAAUAGUACUGUCAUUGCAAAGAAAGUUUCAUUGUACUAUUUCAAACACUGAUUUUUUUGUCUUCCAUGUUUUUUUUAUUCUCUGACUGGCUUGAUUUGUACUUAUUUCUUGUAUGCACCAUGUAAACAUUAAUUGAAACAGUUUUUUUUUUUAAAGUAAUUUAAAAAGCCAAUUUUUUAAAUUUGGUAAUUUCUUUGGUUAAAUACAUGUAGUUAUUACUUACCUUGAAUUCAAAACUAAGUGUUCUUUUCAUGUAUACUUAUGCAAAAUGCCAAAAUUAUCAAAUAGAAUCUUUCUAGGACUGUACAAAUGCUUUAACGCUUGACUGGAUUUUUCAGGAAUAUACUAGUUAUAAUAAUAGAAUAGAACAAAAUGUGUUUUUUUUUUUUAACAGCAACUUUCAAUGCAAAUGUUUAAUGUAAUUACAGUGUUCAUCUCUCUCUCUUUCUAUCUAUCUGCCUACCCACCUAAUGCUUGAAGUUUUUUUGUCACUUUUAUAUCAUGUUAAUAUUAUUUAUAAUGCAGAUUUAUUUUUUUCAUGCAAAUUAAUUUAAAAGACUAAUAAUAAUGGAAUGAAAGGGAAUGCCUGAUAACACUGAAUACAUUUCUGAACACAGUUGAUAUUUGUGGGAAUGUUGUGUACAGAAUGAAGCCAUUACCCUGACUUUGCCAUUUAUUAUUAAUUUGUUUGUGUUCUUGAAACAGUGUUUGUUUUAUGCUUGUUUUGUUUAACUACAAUACCAAUCUUUAGUAUAAUAUAAUGUACCCAACAACAACAAAAUUACUUAUUUUUGGUCAUUAUCUGUUUGCCUGGCAAACAACACGCGCUCUUUCCUUUUCUGCGAAUAAUUAAUAAACUGAAAAAACAUGACCAGAAACAAGUUUUUUUUUUUUUUUGGAGGGUAUAUGAUAGUACGUGAAGGCUAUAAUAUUGAAUAAUGAAGUCAUCUAUAAUGGUCUAAAGCGUUAAUGCUGUGGUCCCGUCAUUGACUGAUAUUCAAAUACUAUUACAGCCUGAACUACUAACACAGUCAGUAUGCUACAAUACUUUUGACAAAAUGAAUCAUCUUCAAUGUUAUUCACAUAUGUCUAGUCAUCACAGUGCAACUGUAGAUUCAAUAAAUGUAGUUUUUAA